UUGUUGUGUCUCUAGUUCACAGAUGACCCGACUCUUGCAGUGUGCAAUGACAGCGGAGGAUCAGUGUUUGAGCUGGCUUUCAGGAGGGUGAUGGGGAUGCGGUCCUGUGACUCACGCUGUCUCUUCAGUGGAUCUAAAGGGGAGGUGUGCUGUAUCGAGCCGCUGCGUGCCCCUCCAGACUUCAGAGACCAUCCCAUCACACACUACUCUCUGCUGGCCAUGGCCUCCCUCACUAAGAUUCUGGUCAUUGGACUGAAGCCCUCGCUGAAAGUCUGGAUGACUUUCCCCUACAGCAAGUCUGACCCGUCCAGUGUUCCUCAGCUGGCCUGGCAGUUUGUUCCUGUUCAGAAGAUGCUCAACCCCGUCCUGGCUUUCUGUAAAGGAGACACAGUCCACUUCCUGCUGGUAAAGAAGGAGGACACGGGCACCAUCCAUGUCAUCAAACAGAAACAACUCCAGCUCAGCUGUGACAUCAUCAGCCUGAGUUGGAUUAACAGCCGUACCCUGGUCCUGGUGGACAGCCAUGAGAAGCUGCAGGUUGUGGACCGGCCCAGUCAGGAGGUUCUCGAGACUCUAGACCUGGAGCAAGUGCAACUGGUUUAUAACAGCCGACAUUUCAAAUCGCUGGCCACUGGAGGGAAUGUCUCACAGGCUCUGGCUUUAGUGGGGGAGAAGGCCUGCUACCAGUCCGUCUCCAGCUACGCAGGACAGAUAGUCUAUUUGGGUACCAAGUCCGCUCACAUCAUGGCUCUGAGGAAUUGGAGGGAGGUAUGUAUGAUGUUAUUUUAACUUAGUAUUAGUGAAGACAUCGAUCUAACU